GUAACUACCGUCUAAAUAGUGUGAACAAGAAACGGAAGUAUCGAUGUGAUAGUUUAUGGAAAUAUUUUUUUUUUACUUGCGUCACGUCAUGGCUGGCAUGAAGCUUGAUUACUUUUCUUGCAAAAGUGAGCUUGGUUUUCUUUGAAAGUGGAGGUUUCUGCCAAUGUUUUGACUUUUAUUUACAUUUAGUUUAGUUUCGAUGUAGUUGCGAUACAGAACUCGUUAAUCUUGUUUAUUUGUACUAAAACGUAGUGUUCGUUUAGGGAUAUGUAUCAUUUACUCUAAAGAAAGGUGUAAUUUUAUCACAAAAUGAACGACGGGGAUUGGAUAUGUAGUGAUCCAAAUUGUGGAAAUAUCAAUUUUGCACGCAGAGUUUCAUGUUAUCGAUGCAAUAAAGAGAGACCCGAUAGUUCCAAAUCUUUUAAUAAGAAGAAGCUGGGUACAGAAAUAGGAAAGACUGCCGCAGAAAAGUCUCGUGGUUUAUUCAAUGCCGAUGAUUGGCAGUGCAACAAAUGUGCCAACGUUAACUGGGCCCGGCGUCAGACUUGCAAUGUUUGCAAUGCACCCAAAUACGGUGAAGUAGAGGCUCGUACCGGUUACGGAGGAGGUUACAAUGAGCGCGGUGUGGUGGAGUAUCGAAGGCGGGAACCAUCCUCCGAUGAUGAAUAUGACGAAUUCGGUCGAAAGAAACGCAAACGUAAGCCAGACUCCCAAGAGAAAGAGAAGGUUGGCAUCACUGAAGGAGCAGUAUGCAAAAAAUUGCCACCAACAGUGCUGCAGAAGGAAUCAAAUAAAGAACAUACCAAGUCCGUUCUUGGGCCAAAAUUUUUCAUGAAUACAGUACAUAGUAAUGAUAAAAGAAAUGGUACUCUUAGUGAUAAUUCCAAAUGUGAACUCUCUUCACUUCCAAAUGUAGCUGUUACUAAAUACCAGCAAAUUAGCACUCCAACACAAGGUAUAAAUAAAUUCUCUUCUCACAAAACAAACACUUCACUUUCAAGAAAAAGAUCAAUAAGCAGUGGUGACCGAGAUCAUACUGCAUCAUCAGGUUAUGACACUGGUUCAAAGAGGACUAAACGUGACACCACAGAUUCUAUGCAAAAGAAACUUUGUAACCCUGUAAUGGAAAAUAGUGUUUCUUCUACUAAAAAUGAGCUAGCUUGCAAAUUUACAAAAGACAAAGCGGCUGGGAGUAUUCAAGUAACAUACACCCUUGAAGAAAAAGUUCGAUGUGCAGCUUUAGCUAUUGUUUACAAUAACUGUAAAAUUACAACUGACAAGUUUGAAGCAUUGUAUCCUAAACCAGCUCCUGAUUUUGAAACAAUAUUUGCUUGGAGACAUAAACUCAUGACCACAGGAUGCUUAAUUGAUUCUCAUUCAGAAAUAAACUUUGAACAAUGUUCUAAAAAUGUUUCUGAUAUUAUUGCACCAAGGGCAAAUAUAGUAUCUAGAUUGCCAAAUCCAGAUGAAAUAAUUAUUCCUUCAGAAAGUGAUGAAGAAGAACCAAGCAAACAUUUAGAAAAAAAAGAAAGGAGUAUGAGUGCUGAAACAUUGCUCAUCAGUACAAACAGGGACUUACAAGCGCCCGGUAGUUCAGCUAGCACCGUAGAUGGAAGGGGUUCACGUGAAAGAAGUUAUUCACAAUCAACACAUCAUAGAACUCGUUCUAAUUCACGUGAAAGUCAAGAUUCCAACUAUCCUGAUACAGACUCCGAAAAAGGGCCAAAAUCAGACACUCCAAGACAUAAUACAAAAUCAAUAAAUCUUCCAACGAGACAGUCAAUACAUGAUUCUGAUUCUGAGUCAGUGUCAUAUAACAGUGAGGAAGAUAAUUUCUUAUCAAGGGUAUUUGGGCAAGACAGAAAGCGGAGAAAAUUAAAGAAACCUGUUGUUGCACCUACACCUAAGUUCAAUGAUUAUACUGCAAAUAAUGCCAACACUUUUGAGGGAUACAGCACUAUCAAAAGUAUGGAACAGUCUCCUUUAGUCACUGGUAAUAUUUACACCAAUAAUUUGCGGAAUAUGAAUGUGAAAACUCGUGAAAACAUAGACAUGGAUGCCUGUUCUAGUGAAUAUGUUCCUACUAAACUAGGUUCGACUGCUAAAAAGAAUUACCAAGAGUUUAAAGAUAAUGUAAGGAGGAAAGGUUUCUGGGCAAAGGGUAAUGGAGCAUCAUUAGCAAUAAAUAGACACAAUAUGUCAAUAGACAUUAUACACCAGACAGCACCUAAAACACUACAAGAGGAAAUGGUAAAAUCACAAGAAGUUAACCAAUAUGCAGCUACUGUCCAAAUCAAACCAUUAAAGAAGCGCACAUAUGAAUUUAGUAAUGAUGAAAAUGAUGUUUACUCUAAACCAGAGCACUUUCUUCCUCUUGAAGAACCAAAACAGGGAGUUUCAAAACAAAAUAAUUUUGAGGACACUAGUCGUAUUUUUGCACAGGUUGAGUCAAAUAGUGUGUCUAAAAAUAAAAGCAUUUUAGACAUCUUUGAUAUCAGUGACCCAGCACUAAGAAGCCCCCAAGAUGAUCUGGAGAGCUAUGAAAAUGUAAGAAAAAUUUAUGAGAAUAGAUGGGAUGAAGAUGACGAAGCACUUUACAAAAUUUCGGAUUGCGACGAGCAAGCACGACCUAGUCAGGAACUUUCACCUAUUACCUCUCAUAGAGGUCAAAGUCCCAUUUCCAAUAUGUUAUAUACAACUGAAUCAAAUACCAUUCCAAAAAGUGCUGGUGGUAAUUCAACUUUAAUAUCGGACUUCAUAACAGACAAACAUGAGAUGCUUAUGGAAAUGUUAAAAGAUUUGCAAAACAAGGACCUUGGUAAAAUGGUGUCACCACUUAAGCAUGGGACGCCAAGACCACCAUCUGCAGAAGACAUAAAUGUGUACCCCAAGACCAAAUCAGAUACCAACAUUCCCAUGAUAGAAGUUGAAGUAUUACCAAAUAUCUCUAUGGCGAAUAAUAUCAAUGUUUCGAAUCUCCUCAUGACUAGGCCAGAUCCAUGUCUGACUAAUAAAAUGACAAAAUCUGAUCAAAGUAUAAUUUCUACUAGAGAGAGAUCUGAAUCAGGUCUUAACCACAUUAUUAAACGAAGUGAUACAAUCCAUAAUUUUUCUACAAACAGACACCCCAUUGAAGGUGAAUGCUUGCAUAUAUCAGAAAUUGCAAACUAUAAUAAUAAGUCCCCUGAACGAAAUAUUUAUAGUCUAUUGUCAGGAGAAUCCCCUAAACCAAGGGAGAACAAUGACAUGAAUAAAGUUUGUAAUGUCACAAAAAAUAGACCAGAUGCUAUGCAAAGUAAUCCAAAACUUGAUCAUGUUGAAAAUCCUUGUCUUUCAGAAGUAUCUCAGAAUGUUCCUACAGCUAGAGUUGAUACUGUGUCAAAUCAGCCUGUGUCUGACAUUGAUAGAGCUCCUGAUUACACUACAAUUAGAUCUGACCUAAAUCCUAUUCUUACCAUGAAACUACCAGAACCGAUUUCAAAAGAAAUGUCAAAUGAAGUAAUGCGAUUAUCAGAAGAAAAUGUUGUUUUUGGAGCAUCCAAAAAUGUAUCCAAAAUUAUUAGUCCAUCAAAACGUGUUCAUAUUCUGGAAAAUGUUAGGAUUCGACCAGGUUCGCCACAUCCGAAGAUUUUACACCAGCAAAAUACAACUGAACCCGAAAGUCCUAAAUCAAAUAAAGCACCACUUUUAGCCAAUGCACAAUUAAUAACUUCAAGCCCAGACACGAGUCAAGAAGAAGAAACUUUAGAAAAAUCAGUGGAAAAUGCAUCAUCUACAGCACAAGUAGAUUUUACAAAUUUGUUGGCUAACAUAAAUACUAAUACUUUACUAUUGGCAUUGCAAAAUCUUCAAAAAAUUGGCCAGAGUACCACCUCUUCUUUGCCUAAUGAACAAGUAAGUGCUGAACAACCAAGUCCAGUGAAAGAAAUACAAGUUUCAGAAACAAUUAAUUUAACUAAUGAUGAGGAUUGGGAGAAGGAGUCUAACAGAGAUGGCAGCAUUGAGAGGCAAUUGGAAAAAUUGGAUGGAAAUACAGGCGACACUCCUUUUUUAAGCGAUAUUUUUGACCCAGGUCCAGUUAUUAUACCACCCAAUAUUGUAAAGAAGUUAAAUUUGGGCAUAGAAAAUGUCAACGAAACAAACAAUUCGAACGAAAAUGCGCCUGUAAUUGGAAAUUUUAAAAGUUUUGCUUUACCUAAGCCUAUCAUGCUAAAUAGGUUAAAGCUCACUGUAAAGACCGCAGAUAAGACUUCAAAAAACUCUGGAAAAAGGAAGAGCAAGAAUAAGAGCAAGUCUUUACCAGUCUCGGAGCAGGCUGAUGCAGAUGAGGAGGAAGACGAAGAGUCUGGAGAUGAGGCUGAUCUUUCUAAGUAUGAUCUAUGGGGCAGUGAUGCUGAGCAAGGAAACUCUUCUAAGGCUGAAACUGAGGAAAAAAUGAAGGUAGAUGGAGCUUCAAAAGAAAGUGGGCCCAGUAGUCAGAAUGAUAAGGAUGGCAAGACAUCCCCUCACAAGAGUAAGAGAAGGUCUAGGAGUUCCUCCUCCUCAUCAAGCUCGUCUUCGAGCUCCAGUUCUAGUCACAGCUCCUCAGCUCCUCAAAAUAAAUUCGACGAUUUCAACUUGAACAGUGAACGCGAAUCGUCUCCGAAGGGGCGAAAGUCACGUUCGCGGUCGAGGUCGCCGCGAUCACGAGCUUCUUCCCGCCGCAAGUCUCGAGACAGCCGCUCCGCGGGGGAGACUAGGAGCCACGAGUCAUCGCGUGACAAAGAGUAUACCCGUGAUCGGGACCGACGCGAUCGGUCACGCGGUAAUCGGGAAGACCGCAAGGAACGGCGCUAUAGUCGUGAGGGUGGCAACCAUUACAACUCGCGCGGACGCCAUCGUUAGCCAGCGCACGGAGGACGUCAGACAGCUGUUCUCUAUUGUGAUUUCAUAGGCCUCGGAGGGCAUGAGUGCAACACCAAUAAUAAGUGACCGCCCUGUUCCUUGUCUUUUUUAAUAGUGAUUUGUCAUGAGAUGCGAUAUUCAACAAAACAAUGGGUAAUCACCUGAUAUAGUGUUUGCGUAACUUAAGUGUAUGUUAUUGUAAACUAAGUAAUGCUGUUUCAUAACAAUAGAACUAAAAAUAGAUGUCGAAAGUCUCAUAAAUUAACGACAGUUGGAUGUUUCUAAUUAUUUAAUAGGUUGGUAAUUCGUUUACUAUUUUUGUUGUAUAUAGCCAAAUAUGUAGAUGGAUUAACGUUUAGAUGUAUGUAGUGCAUUAUAGUAAGUUGCAACUCAAAAUAAUUAAUUGGUAAAUGUAAAACAUUUUAUGUUUGUGAUACUUGCUUAAUAGAAAUUCAAAGAAUAACAUUAAAGUAACGGAACGUUUGAUAGGAAGAGAUCUCAAUGCUGUGUUAGGCAGAACAUUCGAUAUGUUUCUACUAAGUAGGAACUUUGGUUUCCAGUAUAUAGUCGUCGGUCGUGUUUUUAAAUACAUUUAGUACUUGUUUCACCACCUUCAUGUUAUUAUCCGAUGAACUUAUGGCUAAUAGUUCAUCAAAUUAUGUUUUGUAUUAAAUUCAUCUGGUACAUGUGAAGCAGGCCCUCAUUAUUAUAAAAUAUUAUCCCUAUAGUGUAAGUUCAAUUUCAAUAUAAUAAAUAAACAUAUUUCUCAGAUGUCCAAAUUGCCAAUUUUUCUUCUGGAGUGAAGUAGUACUAUGUUAAAAGCGCAGGCUCCUUCAUGUCAGUCUGUAUGUAUGUUAAUGUGCUGGUAUAAUUCGCCCCCUACUUAAUUGCCACAUGCCUCCAAAUCAGACAUGUUUGCUAAACCUGGACUUGCAGGGAGCAGGGCAAGUAUUGUGCGCGCGUGUGUAUACUUGUAAAAAGGACAGCGCUGUAUAGCUGUAACUGAAUGUGUAAUAUGACGCAUACAAUAAGUAAUGAUUAACUAAAGAUGAGAAAGACUGACUGGUAGAUGGUUAAGAGCCGUGUAAAUGAGUUGGCGGUCGCGUACUGGGUCUGUGCCGAUGCUUGGGUUAUAGUGGGAAUGUUUCUUCAGUGUCAGCCUAUCCUUACGCUAUCCUUUAUCGUGUGAUAUUUGUUAUUUGUAAAUAUUAUUAAACAUAACAUUUGUUUGACUAAGAUGUGACAUAUUUAUUAUGUGUAGGUAUAUCACAAUACAAAUUGUCUUAAUUCUUAUGUCAGAGCUGCAUUACUCUCAAUCUCAAUGUAUUAUUUUCUUGAGAAACAUUUGAAAAUGACGAAAAGACAGUUAUGUUAUUUUUUUUAAUAAACUAGUAAUACGAAUUUACAUCUAAGCUAACAUUGUAUGGUAAUUGAUUUACCAUUAAAAUCGUAAUAAAUAAACAA